CACAUUUUUGUAAUAAAAUAAAAUAAAAUUGCAAUUGCAAUCUCCGCCCUCCAAUUUUUAUUAUUUUAUUAUUCUACACCCAUCCUCAACUUAUUUGUGCCACAUACUUCUCGUUAUAAUAUUUAUUUAGUUGGCAGGACCUACUUAGUACGUAUUAUUCAUUCUAACAAAUUGAAUUUCCAAGUCCUACUAUUUCACUGCAAUGAAAUUCAAACUCGGUUUUGCAUCUGCUCUUGUGCUUGUUUCCAGCCUGGCGUCAAUGGCCAGCGCGCACACAUUCCUGCGCACCCUUACUAUUGAUGGCAAGCAAACAGAGGUUGGCCAGUGUAUUGAGCCCUACCAUGGCCCUGACAAAACUAGUGGAGUCAAGGACCCCGCGUCCGACGAUAUGACAUGUGGUUUCCCUGGCUCUAGCAAAGACGCUGACCUCUGCCCCGUUGAAGCUGGCUCUGAAAUUAGAGCAGAGUUUAGAAACUACGAUACUGAGGAAGAAGCUGAUGGAAAAUUCAACAUGGCCAUCGAUGAGAGCCACCAAGGACCUUGCUUUGCAUACAUGGCACCCUUGGAGUCUGGUGGCAAGGGCGACGUGUGGUUCAAGAUUUUUGAAGACGGGUACAGCUCCGGUUCAUGGUGUGUCAACAAGAUUCGUUUCUCUAUGGGUUUUAUGAACAUUACCAUUCCUAAGGAUAUUCUCCCUGGCGACUAUUUGCUGCGCACGGAGGUUAUUGGGCUGCAAGAAGCCAUGUACGAGUACGAAGCGGGCCAGAAAAAGGGAGCUCAAUAUUUCAUUAAUUGUGCCCAUAUCACCGUUUCUGGUUCUGGAACCGCUGAACCUGACGGCUAUGCUAUUCCGGGAAUUUACAAGCAGGAUGAGCCGAGUAUUCUCUUUGAUCUGGAUAAAGAUGAUGCUACUAAGUACGUGACACCAGGUCCCCCGCUUUAUGUUCCCGGCUCUUCCAGUGCUGAAAAAGCCGUUGACCAAAAUACGUCUGCCACUAAUAAUGCUAAAGCUGUAGAACAUAAUGAGCCCAGCUCGUCAAGUGUUGAAAACAGUGAAAUCUCUAGUAGCACUAGUAAACCCCGUGAUUGCAAAAAGAAGCGCCGCCGCAGAUGAUUAUUUUAUUUUCAAUACAUUUUCUACAAUAUAUAUAACUAUGCGAAAACAAGUCAUAUAAUACAGUUCAAAAACAAUGUUUUCUACUUGAAUUUUCUUAUUUUUUGCAUUUGCCAAUUUGAAACUAUUAAUUGAUAGUAAGCAACUGACUAACUAAUUUUAGCUGCUUAGCCAGACGAACACUCAAUUAAUAGUUACACAAUGACACACAUUAUAUAGUUGUACUUUCUCACCUCUUCACUACAAAUACUUAUAUUUAAUACAUAUUUACGC